GCUUAAAUAGCCGCAAAACAGGUCGAACCAUUCCUCUUAUCAACCUUGAAACUCAAAAACGUGCGCAAAAGAGGAUAUCUCACAUCUAACCCAACACACCCCAAUCACUGCACUUUGUAAUCAUGUCGACCUCCAACAACAACCCCGGUAACUUUGCCAACCGUCCCAAGGAAGAAGUGCGAGAAAUUGCCUCAAAGGGAGGACACGCCAGUCACUCAUCGGCUGCCAACAACCCCGGAAACUUUGCGAACCGCCCCAAGGAAGAAGUACGUGAAAUAGCGGCCAAGGGCGGACAUGCCAGUCACUCUGGUGGAUUCGCUUCAAUGGAUCCCGAGAAACAGCGCGAGAUUGCUUCAAUGGGAGGAAAAGCCGCCCAUGCAAGUGGACAUGCGCAUGAAUUCACUUCCGAAGAGGCUAGAGAAGCAGGAAGGAAAGGUGGACGGGCUCGGGGAGGUGCGCAGGACGACGACGAUGAAGAAUAAAAAACCCCAACAUGUAUCUUUGUAAAUACAAAAAAAUAACUUUGAAAAACUCC